AGAUUAUAUUCUCUAGUCUAGUCAAGUUAGGGAGGAAAGAGUCCAGAUAUUUCACUCAGAUUACAGUCGUUGAGAGAUGAAGUUGGAAAUUUGGAUAUGGUCGCAAAGCAGAGCUUACUCAGAAUCUUCAUUUCUGUCCUCUGCUCUGAGGCGUAACGCAUCGGAAAACCUGAAAAGGAUCUGAGCUUUGCAAAGAUAGUAUGCAGUACGGGUACUUUCCCUCCACCCUGGACCCACACAUUUCACAAUUCCUGCCACUCAUUUUCCUGUUUUGAUUCCUGUCCACUGCCCUACCUUGGCCGCCUCAAAUCUGUUUAAAUUGCCUUAUCCUCUCCCAUUCUUUCUACAUCUCGCUUCUGCUUUCUAACCCUAAACCUUUCACUUUUACUGUGUUUUGGAAAUCCACAACAGAUUAUGUUUGAGAAGCGAGAGGAAUUUCUCUGGCCUCAAGCUGAACUGCGGGAAGAAUCGAGCAGAAAAUGGCCGUGGCUGAAGGCCGUGGUGGGGGUAACCAGUACGCUGCUUAUUUUGUCCGCCUCUGUACUUUUGGCUGGCGUGCAUCCUGCCAAUAUUCGGACCGCAGAGUUUGUGUCAGAGGUGAGCAAGUGGAUGCAGAGCGUCUCCUCUUCAUCCUUUUGCCCUUGCCUCUACGUCAUCCUCAAUAUUCUCAUACUCAUUCUCGGUGUCAAAUCCACUUCUGCCGCCUCCUCACCCCCAACCUCCGCCUCGCCCUCCACAAUCUCAUCACAUUAUUGCCCUUGCCAAUGCUCCCAACUUUACCACAAACCGGAGUCUACAUAUGAGACCCUUACCAGCCCUAGUACUGAAACCCUAAUGGUAAUGAAGUCUGAGUGGAAAGCUGAAGAAACACAAAGCCUGGCUGUAAAUGGAGAGCAAAUGCUUCAAUCUUUGUCAAGCCACAAAGCCAGCGAUAAAGUAAAGGCUGCAGAAACUCACAAGGCGCCUGCUUUGGUUCUGCCGCGAAGUUGCAGUCUGAGAGAAUUGCAUUGCAAAAAGGUGAGCAAGCCGUCCAAUCUUUCGAGAGAAAGCAGUCAUACUCGGCCACUUCAGAUGUACAAAUGUGGCGAUGUGGCGCCUGUGGAAGUUAUAUUUGAGAUUUGUAGCGGGGAAGAGGGAGGCGACGGCCAUGGUGAUAAAGAAAAAGACGGAAAUUUGACUUGUGAGGAAUUGAACGCAAAGGCGGAAUCUUUCAUCGGGAAUUUCUAUCGCGAGCUGAAGAUGCAACGAGAAGACUCGUGGAAGCGUCUCUGCGCAAUCUACAGGAAAAGCUGCUGACUCCAUACCAAAUCACUUCUCCGCAUACUUAUUCCGCCCUGUUGUCUUUGUUGCCAAAUACAAAAACAAGAAAUUUAUUUCUUUAUUUCGUUAUAUGUAAACUGCCUAUCCGAAUUGGGCGGUUCAGGUUCAGAUUAUCGCCAUUGUUAACAUUGCUCAUCCAUGUCUGACAGAGUAGUAUCCCAUGUAAUAGUCAUAAUAUUAUCGUUUCUUACUGUGCAUUAACAGCGCUAGAACAUAUUUUAGGUGCUGUUGUAUUCUGCUGUUACAUUGCUUCCAAACUCGACUGUGAAAACUUGUCAUUUUUCACGCACUGUGGCAAUUUCUGCCACAAAUUCAUAUAUACUAAAAUUCUUAGUAGGAUAAUGGUGAAAAUUGUAUA